AUGUAUCGGCAAAUCUUAAUUCGUCCAGAAGACCGGGCAUUUCAACAUAUAUUUUGGCGCGACUCGCUUACUGACGACCUCGUCGAAUUUCAAUUAUGUACUGUAACGUACGGUCUUAACUGCGCCCCGUAUCUUGCCAUUCGUUGUCUUCACGAGCUCGACCGGCAAGACGGUCAUCGUUUUCCGCUUGCCAAAGAUGUCCUUACUCGAGCCACCUACGUCGAUGACAUCGUUAUCGGGGCCGAAGCCGAAGAGCUCCUACUACGUCGGAAAGAGGAUAUUGUCGGUCUAUUACGCAGUGGUGCCUGCAUGUUGAGCAAGUGGACUAGCAAUAGUACCAUCGUCCUCGAGUCCGUUUCUCCCGAUGACCGCGUGCUGUCUAUAUCGUUCGACCCGCGCGAAGAACACUCCGUAAAGGUCCUAGGUUUGCAUUGGGACCCGAAUACCGACAAAUUUGCCUAUCAUACCAGUCUCAACCACAUGUCUUCGACGAAGCGUCAGGUGUUGUCCGUCAUUGCGCGCUUGUUCGACCCUAUUGGUGCCCUUGGCCCUAUGCUUUUGUGGGCAAAAUAUUUUAUGCAACGAUUAUGGUGCGAUAAACUCGGGUGGGACGAUCCGAUGUCCCCCGAAUUGCAAUCUAUGUGGCAACAAUUUUGCACUGAGCUUCCGCUUGUAUUCGAUCUAAAUCUUCCACGUCACAUCGACGUCGUCUGUCAUCAGGACGUUCAGUUAUUGGGUUUCGCGGACGUCUCAAUCAAAGGAUAUGCAGCGGUUGUGUAUCUCCGUUUCAUUAACGCCGCCGGUGACAUCUCCGUCAAAUUUAUCACCUGUAAGAUCAAGGUCGCUCCUCUGAAGAGUGCCGCCGCCAACGAGUCACUCUCCAUACCUCGCUUGGAAUUAUGCGGGGCCCUGCUGUUGGCCCAGACACUUCAUCACGUCCAAUGUGUGUUGUCUACCGAAGUGUCUAUAUCUCGUUUGCGCGCGUGGUCUGACUCGUCAGUUGUUCUUUCGUGGUUGACCGUGGACCCAAAACAGUUCAAAAUUUUUGUGACCAAUCGGGUCGCUAAAAUACAUCAGUUAUUACCGGGUUGCGUGUGGAAUUAUGUCUCAACGCACGAUAAUCCUGCAGAUCCCGCAUCCCGCGGAUUGUUGCCGAAAGCCAUGUUGUCAUCAUCCAUUUACUGGAACGGUCCUGAGUUCCUACGGCUUCCUGAAGACCAGUGGCCCCAAUCGAAAUUUAUCCCGCUCGCCCCAGAACAGCUGCCUGAGAUCCGGCCGAAUGUCACCAUGACGUUGGCCGUCAAUGUUUAUCCGUCAUUGCUAGAAUUUAUUGAUCGAUUUUCGUCGUUCGCCAGAAUGCUGCGCGUAUUGUCCUACAUAUCGCGCUAUUUGUGUCAUCGUCUUCGUCGACAACCUGUUCGCGUCGGUCCAAUUACGUUCGCCGAACGGGAAAAUGCAUUAUCCAUCGCCGUGCAGCGCACGCAACAACAUUAUUUCGCCGACUUACUAAAGAUGUUGAAAAUCAAAUCUGUGAUUUCGCCGCCGUCCCUGGCGCAGUUGGCACCCUAUGUAGACGAAAAGGGUAUCAUACGGGUUGGAGGCCGCCUGCGCUUUUCCGAUAUUAGUCAUGACGCGAAGCAUCCGAUAUUAUUGCCACGGUCUUCGCAUCUCACCGAGUUAAUCAUCCGUCACUAUCAUUUGUCAUUUCUACACGGCGGACUAAAAUUAGUAAUGUCGAUGCUAAGCCAAAAAUUUUGGAUUUUGUCGGGUCGCGCUGCGAUUCGACGUGUCAUUUUUUCAUGCGUGCCGUGUACACGUCACAAAGCCGCCCGCCCGCAGCCGAUUAUGGCCGAUCUACCGUCCUUCCGGGUCCAGUCUCAUCGACCGUUUUCACACGUUGGAAUGGAUUACGGAGGACCAUUCCUCGUAAAAGAACAUCGUCGUCGAAAUGCGCGAUCGGUCAAAAUUUAUCUCGCACUAUUCAUCUGUAUGUCCGUCAAGGCAGUGCACCUUGAAAUCGUGUCGGACCUCAGCACAGACGCCUUCCUCGCGGCCCUGGACCGUUUCGUCGCCCGCCGUGGCAUUCCAUCCAACAUUUAUUCGGACUGUGGUACGAACUACGUCGGCGCCGCGCGCCAGCUGAAAGCGUUGUUCCGCGAUACCAAGGUUCAAGACCAACUUUCGUCACACUUGACUUGUACAUGGCAUUUCAACCCGCCUGCCGCGCCACAUUUCGGCGGAAUUUGGGAAGCUGGCAUCAAAAGCGUAAAGUUUCAUUUAAAGCAUGUCAUUGGCCAACAAGUACUGACGUACGAAGAGUUCCUUACCUUGACCACCCGUAUCGAGGGCAUUUUGAACUCCCCACCGAUUACGCCGAUGUCCUCUGAUCCGCACGACUUGAGUGCGUUAACGCCGGGGCAUUUUCUGAUUGGACAACCGCUCCAAGCCGUGCCCGAACCUGACAUUACUGACGUUCAAAUCAACCGCCUCAACCGAUGGCAACUCAUCCGACAGUGCCAUCAAUCUUACUGGAAACGAUGGUCACGAGAGUAUUUGUCGACACUGCAAGGUCGUCAAAAAUGGUCAAAGACGACUCCGAAUUUAACGAUAGGCGACAUGGUCAUCGUUGAAGCUCCGUUUCGACCACCAACCGAGUGGCGUCUCGGUCGCAUCACAGAGGUCCACCCCGGCUCCGACGAUGUCGUGGGCGUUGUGUCCGUGCGCACCCAAGACGGUGUUUACAAGCGUCCAGUCGUGAAACUUGUACGUCUACCGAUCGAACCCUGA